GUAUCGUACGCUCUUGCUCGUCAACCACCACCUGUCUCCUCUUUUACGACUUUCAUCUCUCAAUUUCUCUUUUCUCAUUACGAGCGCUAUACACCAUGGCUACUGAAGCUGCUGCUGCUCCCCCUCAGAUCCCCACCUUCAAGCUCGUUCUCGUCGGCGAUGGUGGUACCGGCAAGACGACCUUCGUCAAGCGUCACUUGACUGGCGAGUUCGAGAAGAAGUACAUUGCAACCCUCGGUGUUGAAGUUCACCCACUUCAAUUUACCACCUCCUUCGGUACGAUCUGCUUCAAUGUUUGGGAUACCGCUGGUCAGGAGAAGUUCGGUGGUCUCCGAGAUGGGUAUUACAUCCAGGGCCAGUGCGGUAUCAUCAUGUUCGACGUCACGUCUCGCAUCACCUACAAGAACGUGCCCAAUUGGUACCGUGAUUUGGAGCGUGUGUGCGAGAAGAUCCCCAUUGUUCUUUGUGGGAAUAAAGUGGACGUUAAGGAACGGAAGGUGAAGACCGGUGCUGUGACCUUCCACCGAAAGAAGAACAUUCAAUACUUCGAGAUCUCGGCGAAAUCAAACUACAACUUCGAGAAGCCGUUCCUUUGGCUUGCUCGCAAGCUGGUUGGCAACCCCGCCCUUGAGUUCGUUGCUGCUCCGGCUCUGGCUCCUCCUGAAGUCCAGGUCGACCAGCAGCUGAUGGCUCAAUACGAGGAGCAGCUCAAGAGUGCUGCUGCUCAACCCCUCCCAGAGGAUGACGACGAUAUCAUCUAGACGUGUCUCCGCGGCUGUUCCUACCCUGCUUCCUUAUCCCUGUAUCCCCUCUUCUUACUCAGUUUAUCACUCUCAACACCAUCUCCCUCAUCCCCCUCAAUGAUCGCCCAACAUCGUCGUUCUUAUGCUUCGUCGUGUGGCCGUAUCAUGUUACAUGCGUUGCAAUUAGUAGUGUUUAUAGUGCCGGAGUAGCCAGGAUGUCUUCCCAAGAAUUAAACGACUAUCGA